CGAUUACCUACUUCGUCUCAAAUAAGAAACCAUGACAAAUUGAAUUUAAUCGUUUCUACACAAAGAUGUACAUUCCCUGUGCCGCCCUUCACUCCUCACCAACUCCAUCAGUUCAUCUUCCUUUACGUUCAUACCCAUCCCAUCCACAAACAUCCCAUACAAAACUUUUCCUUCCCUCCCCUUCCACUCACAGCCCUUCGUCUAACUACUUCAUUGUCCAAAAGCAAAAGUGUUGAUUGUGAGCGGUAAUGUAAAAAGUAUUCCCCGUUCUCGCGCGAGAAGGAAGGACGGUGGCGUGUGUGAGGCGAGGUUGGUUGGUUGGUCAGACGAGGGGUUUUUGGUUUCGUUUUGCUCGUUCUCUGUCCGCCUUGUUCUGCUCUGUUUGGUUUUUGCUUGGGUUGGACUGGAUUGGACUGGAUUGUGGCGAGGGUAGGGGAAGUUGUUGGGUGCUGAUUGUGGGGUUUGGUGGUUUAGAAGGGUUUGGUCACGG